AUGACAAAAUCUGCUUUCUCCAUUUUUGCUGAUCGAAAUAUUGCCUUGGAGACGUUCCUCCACUCUUCGAGGUUGAACGAGUUGCGAGACAGUUUUGACCCUUCUCGAACCUUCGAGGGUGAAAAUUUCAUGAUCCUACGACAAGCCAGCAACAUCAUGCUGGAAUGGACCCGAGCAGGCAAAAGCGAUAGUCCAAUGAAGAACUUCGAGAUGUUGAAUAACAAACAACCGCAGCGCUUCAAAAACUUUGGAGAAGACAUCAUAGAAGGCGAGUUCCCCUUAGUUCAUACUUUUGAAAAUUCCGAAACUGAGUUUGCAGAUGUUCUCCACGCCUACAGAUGGCUGAUCGUAUAUUAUUUAAAUGAAACUCGAGAGUCGUUUGACGAAUGGAUGAAGGCGAACGGUGGUGAUACUUUUGAAGCUCGCAAUCGAUCUCAGGCAGAGCACACAGCCAUUCAAUGGGCUGCUCAUACUUAUAGAGAGCUGGAGGAUCCGCGAAUUCGGCAGGUAAGUCGCAACAAAGCAAAUAACUAGAU